AUGGAAAAUCGUAACACUACGUCACCAGACAAACAGACUCACCAGCUUCCCAUUCGAACUGCUCAUCUCCAUCAUUCGCUUCUCAUUCCUCCACUGCCGCCGGGUUCAUUCGCGUUGCAAGUCCUGUGUAGACUCACUUCCCGAAUACCAAGCCUAUCAGACAACAUUCUUGAGCAAUACAGAAGCACCCAUGAUGCGAAGCCGCGCCGAUGGACGAUAGAGAGAGCAGCCGAAUUCUUCGAUGUUGUCCGAGAGGAUGUUGAGGUUGAUUACUACCUUUUCGUUGAACUUCUUUUGAGCUAUCCUCGGUUGAGGUCAUGUCUCUUGAUUAGGGAACAGGGGCAAAGGUUUGGAGUGGUUGGUUGCUUUUCGCCCGAGGCUUCUUCAUUGGCUCCAAGUCUCCUCACGCAAGGUCUACGUGCGCUUUCUGCCCUCCCGGCGUGGCAGUACGGACUCGGUCUACAAUCGGCGUUGCUCCUAAAUCCCAGCAGAAGCUUUCCGUAUUGCAUGGGCUUCAAUUACAAGUAG